CGGUGCCGCAGGAGGAGCAGGAAGCGCCCGGGCAAAUCCAGCCUCGCUAUCACAUGACUCAGCAGCCGCCGCCGGGCUGAGUUCACCCAGCGCUGCGCCGGGAGGGGGGAACCUGCCGCCGCCGCUGCUGCGAUGAGGCCGCGGCCCCGCGGCUGCCCCUGAGCCCGCCGUUCCCCCACCCGGCUCCGCGCGGCCCGGCGCCCCCAUUGCGGAAGCGCGGCGGGGACUGCCGGAGCCGCCGCCGCAGCGCUGCCCGCGGGCGCGCCCCGCUCCCCGCCCUGCGCGGCGGCCCCGGCGCUGCCGCCUCCGGCGGGGGGUACUAUGCUCACGCGGGUGAAGUCCGCCGUGGCCAAUUUCAUGGGCGGCAUCAUGGCUGGCAGCGCGGGCGCCGACCACGGCAGCGGCGCGGACUUGCCCCUCCGCUUCCCCUACGGGAGACCCGAGUUCCUGGGACUGUCCCCGGACGAGGUGGAGUGCUCCGCCGACCACAUCGCCCGCCCCAUCCUCAUCCUCAACAAGGAGACCCGGCGCCUGCCCUGGACCACGGGCUACGCGGAGGUAAUAAAUGCAGGAAAGAGCACACACAAUGAAGAUCAAGCCAGCUGUGAAGUCCUCUUUGUCAAGAAGAAAGCUGGAGGCACUAAUUCUACACCAAACAAGAACUCAACAAAACGGAGGUCAUCACUGCCCAAUGGAGAAGGUUUCCAGCUGAAAGACAAUUCAGACACAGAUGGGAUCAACCUGUACUACUGGUCCCUGUUUGAUGGACAUGCUGGGUCGGGGGCAGCUGUGGUCGCUUCCAAACUGCUGCAGCACCAUAUCUUGGAGCAGCUGCAGGAGAUUGUGGACAUCCUGAAGAACACCGCUGUUCUCCCACCCACCUGCCUGGGAGAGGAGCCUGACAACCCGGCCACCAACAGCAGGACGCUGACACGGGCGGCCUCCCUGCGUGGUGGUGUGGGGGCCCCAGGCUCACCCAGCACCCCUCCAACGCGCUUCUUCACCGAGAAGAAGAUCCCACAUGAGUGCCUGGUUAUUGGGGCCAUAGAAAGUGCAUUCAAGGAAAUGGAUUUGCAAAUAGAACGAGAGAGGACCGUGUAUAAUAUUUCUGGUGGCUGCACAGCCCUUGUGGUGGUGUAUUUAUUGGGGAAGCUUUACGUGGCAAAUGCUGGUGACAGCAGGGCUAUAAUAAUCCGAAAUGGCGAAGUCAUUCCAAUGUCUUCAGAGUUCACACCAGAGACCGAACGCCAGCGACUUCAGUAUCUGGCUUACAUGCAGCCCCACUUGCUGGGAAAUGAGUUCACACAUUUAGAGUUUCCACGGAGGGUGCAGCGCAAGGAAGUUGGAAAGAGGAUGCUCUACCGUGACUUCAACAUGACUGGCUGGGCAUACAAAACCAUUGAGGAAGAUGACUUGAAGUUUCCCCUUAUAUACGGAGAAGGCAAGAAGGCUCGGGUUAUGGCAACAAUUGGAGUGACCCGAGGACUGGGAGACCAUGACCUGAAAGUGCAUGACUCCAAUAUAUACAUCAAACCUUUCCUGUCCUCAUCUCCGGAGGUGAGAGUCUAUGACCUCCUGCAAUACGAGCAUGGGCCAGAUGAUGUUCUGAUCCUAGCUACUGAUGGACUCUGGGAUGUGCUGUUAAAUGAAGAAGUGGCAGAAGCUGUCACCAACUUUCUACCAAACUGUGACCCCGAUGAUCCCCACAGGUACCGCAGAUGCGGGAACUAACACGGGCCUAUUUGCAUGGUACCAGCACAGAGCCACCACCAACGCCCAUCAGAGGUGCCAGCAAGAGAAUGAGAGCUGGGUAUGUAUCUACUGUUUAUGUCUUUGAAAUAUUGCAUUGUAGCACAAGCAGUUCUCCUGAUUCCUAUUUCACCUCAUACUUUGUAGAAGAGCAGUGAAAACAUUUUUUGUAGUAUUACCCCAGUUUUCUAAAUGGUCUCUAUGCCUGUUGCAUGUGUUGCUUUCACUCUGCUGCUUCUCACUCUCCCCUUAAGUCCUACAGUUUAUUACUGCAGUCCGACUGCUUUGUCAAGUUUAAAAUUGCUGUGCAAUUAAAACUUCAGCACAGCUUUUCCUGGCUUGAUGGUGUCAGCUGACUAAAGAAGUGUUGGUAGCAUGCAGUGACAGGGAACUGCUGCGUGUCAAGAGAACCUAAAGGAGCUUGCUCCACAUCAUCCUGUUGCUUUCGCAUCUCUGAUGCCCUAAAUUCUAUAAGCUUGUAGAUCAGGUAAGGCUUGUUGUUUUCGUGGCUUUUUAGGUAAUAGAUAGAACUCUUCAAAUCUGGACAUCAGUUGCUAGAAUUCCUGUAGGCAAUACAUCAGUGCUUAGCCAAAAAAUAUAUUCAUGGUAUUCCACUGCAUAUACGGAGUUAACUAAAGCGACAUAAGGGAACAAUCCCAGUAAUUUAUUGUAUUUUGUACAGUUUCUGUAAAACUGAGGACUGAAGUUUCAUCUUCUUAAUGUAUCCUCAUAGAGCAGUGUACCUUCACAAAAAGUUUACUUCAUGCUAUUACACUGCAGCUUUUAUGGAUUCCAGAGUUUCUUGCACACUUUCCAGGAAGGCUUAUAUAAACCAAAGUUACUGCACAUCCUGUUCUUGUUAGAGGGAAGGAUGAAGGCUUUUUGAAAGUCCUCUACUUUGGAAAACAAAGGAUGACAUAACGUUUAAAGGACAUAAAAUGAUUUCAGGAGACACAGUGCUUUGAGGACAAGUUUAAUAAAAAGAAGUAUUAGCAAGGUAGACAAAAUGCGUCUACAGGUAGAUAAAGAACAUAUGAUUUGGAGACUCAAUAAUUUAAGAAAAAUUAAUCAUAAAUUUGAAGCUGCAGAAAUAGCCUACAGCACUCUGCCACAAAAUAGUAAGAGGAGAGGGAGGAAGCUGCAGUAGAAAAAAUAAUUAGAUCUUUACUGCAGCUAAUUUAAGACUGAUUAUUUAGAUGCAUAGACAGAUGAGAUCUCUGAACCUUCAUCAAUUUGAGGCCACCUAAGAUUAGAAUUACAUUAUUUUUCUUUGGUGUAUUAGCACAUAGUUUCGCAGGCUUUAAAGAGUCGAAACAUCCCUGACCUUUACCCCUGAGCAUUUAUUCCCUUAAGGGAUUAAGGGAUUGCCUUCUACUGCUUAUGGUGGUGUUCUUUAAAGAUGGUACUACAACCAUCUGUAAAGGUUUAGCAUCACAUCAUCCCUGAGCUUCAAGUGAUCCUUGGAUUUACCAAUCUGUUGGUUGGGUUUUCUUCUUGUCUGUGGUAAAUCAAGGCCUUUCCCAACAGGCUCUACUCAGACAGAGCACCUUUCCGGUUCAGUUAUGCUGUGGGUAGCAGUUUUCUUUCCUUCUCCUUACUGCGCUCCUCUCUGAUUUAAAGCAUUUUGUAGAAGUUAAUUGCUGUUUGAGAUGUGCCACCAAGUCCUUGGCCAUCCACCUCCCCCCCACCACCCCCUGUGGGUGAAGAGGACACUGACAGCAUCACCAGCAACGCAGGGAUUGCUGGUAGCCAAAGGGAAGCCCCCUGGAAAGGGAAACGAGUUCUUUGUUAACCUAACAUUGCUCAUUACCUCAAAAUGAGAACUUGCAUGUGUGUAAUACGUUAGUUUUCCUAUUUGAAAGGGGACACUUUAAGGGGUUUAAGUUGAUUUCAGAGGAUUCAACUUUCUGAGCUGUUGUUACCCCAGUUCUUUGGCCCAGUUAUUCCCUGGGGCAACUACUUUUCCUUGCCAAAUUAAGAGCUGGCUGGGAGAUCCAAAGGUUAUCACACAAGCCAAGAUGUAGCAUUUAGCUUCUGAUGUGACAGUUGUUGCUUAUUUCUGUAAUUAUUGCUACAACUUUGGAGGGAAUAAGCCAAAAAGCCUGCAAGUUUGCUAUUUUUGCUUUAGGAAGGUAAGACUUCAGAUUAUGGAAAUUCUGCAAGAUAUCCAUGAGUAAAAUUACAAGAAAAGAUACUGUUUUUCCCAUGAGAGUAACUGUUGAAGACAAAUGACUAGGCAGCCACCCUCGUCAAGUAGCACAAAUUGUUCCUAAACAGAGAACAUUUCUCUGCGCAGUAUAAUACUCAAUAAAGCUCAGGGAUGUAAAAGCAGCUGACACACUAGCAGUCGUUUCAGUCUCUUCAGAAAUUUAGACUGACUCUGCCCAUCCAGAUCUCUUAAAUGUGUAUCGGUUUAAUUUUUAAUCCUGCAGCCCUUUGCAGCUGGGGCACCUUGACAGAUGUGGGUUGAGGCAGCUGUUUCACCGUACAGUGCAGUGUCACAGCACGUACUGGGAUGGGGAAGGGGAGACAAGAAGAAGCCAAAUCCACUUGCAGUUCUCCAGGAUCUAGAAGCAGACAAAUCAGUUACUCAAAUACGGAAUUGUCAAAGAAUGUACAAAGAGUGGGGAACUGCUACAUCUGCAAGCAGUUUAGACAUUGAUUCUGAAAGAUCCUGUCGUCCCCGCGUUAUGCCUGUUUACUUUUGUUCCUGGGUUGGCACCGCAGCUAAUUGCACCAAAUGUCUCAUUUCUUACCAUCCUCCAGCUUUCCCUAGAGCUUUGUCAGCCAAAUGUCAACUGCAUCUCAUCUAGCUGAGAUCAAGGUACUCCACGAACAAGCUCCUAAUACAAACUUCUUAUGCUGCAUUUUCUGAGGAUUGCAUUCACUUUGCUCCCAAUUUAAAAAAAUAAAUUUACUCUGCUGGUCUUUGCACCCCCUCUUAGUGCUUGUUUUUCACCAGCAUUCAUGCAAUUGAAUUUUACAUCUGGGAAUUCAGAAUAUGUUAGAAGAGCUGGAACAUCAUUCUUACCUUUCUCUACUUGAGCACCAGCAUAGAAGCAGUUUAAAUCAGCCAGACAAGAAUCAAAACACACUCUUCAAACUAAGUCUCAUGUCCAGACUUACAAGUAUUUUAUGAAUGGGAAAAAUAUGAAACACAAUGCUCAGACAGUAAAUUUUGCUGUGGUUACAUUUUUCUAAGAAUGGUGUUUUAGCGAAGGUCUGUUUAGCACCAAAAAAAAAAAAAAAAGAAGAAAGGAGUAAAAAAAAAUAAUUAUGGUUAUAUAAAAUUGCCCAGUAGUGCUUCUCUACUACCUCUCCUGCAAGAUUUCCCUGGUGCUGUCUUCCCUAGGAAAGCAGGCAGCACGGGACUCAGGUACACAGUCAGUUAUGAAAUGGGAAAGGCAACACCCAGGCAGAGACCAAGUUCUAGUAAAUAAGCUUUUGUAGAAUAAUUAAAUUGAAUUUAUAACUUUAUAUAUGAAGUAUGUAUAUAGGAAAAAAUUGGCAAGGAACUCUGAGUAGCAACUAAGAUGUUGAAAGAUGUGAUCUGUUUGUGACUGUUCCAGGAGCUGAAAGCAAACAGUGGUCUGUAAAUACACGUAUUUUAGCUGUCAGUUACCCAGAAUACAGUUAAGUACAGAUUUGCACUUCUGUUAACAAACCCUCCACCUUUUAGGAGGAUUAGUGGGGAGGAAAUGGCAAGACACCCCUUUCUCAAGGUGUCUCAUCCUCAACAGAAACAAAACUGAGUUCUAAAAAUUGAACUGGGAAUAACACAAUUUUGUUCAUCCUUUGGAGGAUUCAGCAGCUACCUCUGCACUGAAAGCCUCCUGCAUCCACAGGUCCUGGUGCUGCACCAUCCUGUGGCCAUCAGAUAGGCCUGUGAAGCCACCUGCCCGGCCAGCAGCAGCCGGCAUCCCAGUGAUAGCGGAGACUACACUUCCUAGGGACCUGCAAGGGUAAGCAGUGGCUAAACAAUGGUAGGACACAAACAUCUACAUAGAUGGUUAAAUCCUUCAAUACAGCCUUUUU